AUGAUGAUUUUCAUCUCCAAGACCUUCAACUCUUCCACGAGUGGUGCCAUCAUAGCUGCUGGCACUCUGCACUGUGGAGUUGAGGGAGAAGUGCGCCUGGCCAAUGGAGGAAACAGCUCCUGUUCUGGCAGAGUGGAGAUCUUCCACUUUGGACAGUGGGGGACAGUGUGUGAUGAUCUCUGGGACCUGCUCGAUGCUGAGGUGGUGUGUAGACAGCUGGGCUGUGGCAGAGCCCUCUCAGCACCAACACGGGCACGCUUUGGACAAGGCAGCGGACCCAUCUGGUAUGAUAAUGUCAUGUGCACGGGCAGUGAAACAAAGCUGUCUGAAUGUCGGCAUCAAGGCAUUGGAUCUCACAACUGUGGCCACCAUGAAGAUGCUGGUGUCGUCUGUGAAGUACCUCCUCAUCUAUUUUCCUUUCUCUUCCUGUCAGCUGCUUCGCCAGUGAGACUUGCCAACUCUGGAAACCGCUGCUCAGGCAGAGUGGAGAUGUUCCAUGCUGGACAGUGGGGGACAGUGUGUGAUGAUCACUGGGACCUGGACAAUGCUAAUGUGGUGUGCAGACAACUGGACUGUGGAAGGGCCCAAUCAGCUUUAUCUAAUGCAGCCUUUGGACCUGGUAGAGGACCCAUCUGGUUGGAUGAUGUCUUUUGUUCUGGAAAUGAAUCGUCUAUAUCAGACUGCAGACAUUCAGGGUUUGGAGUCCACAACUGUGGUCACUAUGAAGAUGCCAGUGUUAUUUGUGAAGGAGUUGAGGGAGAAGUGCGCCUGGCCAAUGGAGGAAACAGCUCCUGCUCUGGCAGAGUGGAGAUCUUCCACUUUGGACAGUGGGGGACAGUGUGUGAUGAUCUCUGGGACCUGCUCGAUGCUGAGGUGGUGUGUAGACAGCUGGGCUGUGGCAGAGUCCUCUCAGCACCAACACAGGCACGCUUUGGACAGGGCAGCGGACCCAUCUGGUAUGAUAACGUUGUGUGCACGGGCAGUGAAACAAAGCUGUCUGAAUGCCGGCACCAAGGCAUUGGAUCUCACAACUGUGGCCACCAGGAAGAUGCUGGUGUCGUCUGUGAAGUACCUCCUCAUCUAUCUUCCUUUCUUUUCCUGUCAGCUGCUUCGCCAGUGAGACUUGCCGACUCUGGAAACCGCUGCUCAGGCAGAGUGGAGAUCUUCCAUGCUGGACAGUGGGGGACAGUGUGCGAUGAUCACUGGGACCUGGACAAUGCUAAUGUGGUGUGCAGACAACUGGACUGUGGAAGGGCCCAAUCAGCUUUGUCUAAUGCAGCCUUUGGAGCUGGCAGAGGACCCAUCUGGUUGGACGACGUUUAUUGUUCUGGAAAUGAGCCAUCUAUAUCAGAAUGCAGACAUUUAGGAUUUGGAGUCCACAACUGUGGUCACCAUGAAGAUGCCAGUGUUAUAUGUGAAGCUUCAGAUCCACCUCUGGAUGCUUUUCAUCUUUAUUGUCAAGAGAGCAAAAUCCAAAUACAAGUGCAGGCAAAUCGCCUGGUAGCCUCUGGGUUUGACCCAUUCUCUGGACACUUGGCUGAUCGCAACUGCACCUGGGUCAGAGAGAACUAUGGCUGGAUUUGGUAUGAAGUUGAUACUCAACCAGAAGCCUGUGGAAAUUUAAUGAAGACCAACCUCACACAUGUGACAUACGUCAACAAUAUAUUCAUCUACUCAGCACAAAACUCAUCCUUCAGCGUUCCACAUCGAGUUCCCAUCUCCUGCACGUAUCCUCUGGAUACAGACAGCACCCUUGAUGUGGCUGUCAGGCCAGUCCUGGAGGAGAAUGGUGGCAUUUCUGGUUUGGGCAGCCAAGCGAGAGCUGCCAUGUCUCUGUACCGUAGCUCCGCCUUCAGUGACACUUACCCACCAGGGUCGGUGACCCUCCCAGUGGGCUCCCCAUUGUAUGUGGGGGUCUCUGUGGAGAACAGGGGUCCAGACUUUGCUGUUGUUCUGGAGGACUGCUUCGCAAGUCACUCUCGAAGCCCUCAAUCUCCUGUGAAAUACCCUUUAAUCCAGAACAGGUGUCCCGUUGACCCUCGGCAGGUGGAGGUGAUUGAGAACGGCAGAUCAACUCGGGCUCGUUUCUCUGCUCUGUUUUUCCUCCCAAAUGGAAAACACAGAGACGUGUAUCUUCACUGCAACCUCACCCUCUGUGACAUGAGGAAGUACAGCUGCUUCACUACAAAAUACACAGAGCAAAACUGA